CUACCUAACUACAUUCAUAAUAACCCUACUCAAAAAACUCAAACUUGAAUUAAUUAAAUUUAAGUGUCAUCGAUAUUUUUAACCUGCUACAGCACGACAUUUUAUUUACUUUUUGAGGAGUAACUUAAUUUUUGUCAAAAUGUCAGAUUCAGAGAAAAACACAAUUUUGAACGGAGUAAACGACGCUUACGUUGUUGUAACUGUCAGUUUAUUCUUGUUUGUGUGUAACAACGUUUGGAUAUUGAAACUACUUGUUCCUAAAAGUGCCAGAAUAUCCAAAAGGCAACAAUGGAAAUGGAGAAAUAUAGCUAACUCUCUCAUUCAUUCUGUAAUUACUGGCUGUGGGGCUUGUGUUUGUUUUUAUCAAAGUCCAGAAAUCCGAAAGGACUUGAUAUCAAAGUGGACAUUUUCUAGUCACUGCUUGCUGGCCGUAUCUACAGGUUAUUUCAUAUAUGACAUGCUUGACAUGAUGAUCAACGAUCCAAAGUCCAAAACUUAUGAAUUGAUUUUGCAUCAUGUGCUUGUAAUCAGCUGUUUCACAUUGGCCAUCACCACAUACAACUAUGAAGGUUACGGCCUCAUGGCACUUUUAGUGGAGGUAAACAGCGUAUUUCUUCACAUCCGCCAGCUUAUGAUCAUACAGAAUUGGAAUCGUAAAACUUUUGUAUACCGCCUUAACAGCUCCCUUAACCUCGGCACAUUUGUUGUGUUUCGUAUCUUGACGAUGGGUUGGAUGACAAGAUGGUUGAUUCAGCACCGCUAUGACCUCACAACCUUUGCCUUCAAACUAGCAGGAAUUUCUCUGGCAGUCAUCAUGGUGAUGAACAUCGUGUUGUUGCUGCGAGUUCUCAAGUCAGAUUACCGCCAGUGUCCUAAACAGCCUCCCACCAACCCUGAGAUUCUCCAUACUAAGGCCAGCUAAACUUUUUGUACUACUUCAUUUAUUUGUGAUUCCAUAAAACUUUCAGUAAACUUUUCAAAGUUGAGAUUUAAUUAUUUAGUUUAUGCUGUUGUGGAGGCAGCUUUGCUUCGCUAACCAGCAAUCUCAGUAUUUUAACAGUGCAAACUGUAUGCAUUUUAUAUUUUAUGUGUUGAGGUGAUUGCUUCAGCACUUGGCUGUUAUGUAGCUUAGAGCAUUAGUCACUCUUUUAGCCUAUGUAAUGAGUCACAAGUUUAAUAUUCCUUAUCCAUUCCUUAUACAUUGAAAGUAACAAAUUUAAUAAAGGCAUUGUUCUAUCUAUUUUGAUUGUAGGUUAGGCACUACAAAUUUUUUAAAUACCAAACAGAUUUAGAUUUGUAAAUUUCUUAUAAAGUACACUCCCGAUUAACCGAGGUUAUUGGAACCGAGACUACCUCGAUUACCGAGAAUCUCGAAUAACACAAAGGUUGCUUAGGUUUUGAGGUAAGGGGUUACGGUACCACAUUAGAAGGUCAAAAACUUGUAAAAUAUCUUUUAACAAUACAUAGCGAAUGAAAAAUGAUCAAAUGUAAUUUUCAUGCAAAGUUUUAAAAGAGUAUAAUUAAAGAAUUAAUGAUACAGUCGAACCUCGUUAGUACAAACUUCGGUAAAACAAAUUCCUCGAUAAGAUGAAUUUUUUAAACACCCUUGAAACUUUCAUAAAGGUCAAUGCUAAAAACACCUCUAUAGCCUAUACUGACAUAUUUAGUAAUCAGGUUAAAAACCUCCAUAAGACAAAUUUGUUUGUGACAUGGGCUAGGACUGAUUUAUCAACGAAUAUUCUUAGCACAAAACCUCUACAAGACAGAUAUAUCAUGAUUUUAAACUCCAUAGUAGGUAGCCUAGUUUUCAAAACAAACCGAAGCUUGUCUCAACAUUAAACCCCCACCCAUCGCUCUCCCUUCCUCAGUCAUUGUUUGGCACGUCUACAAAACCUCUAUAAGACGAAUAACAAUAGUAUUAAACCUCUAUAAUACAAAUGUUCCCCUACCCCUUAAAAUUUGUCUUAUAGAGGUUCGACUGUACAACAAACAUGCUCAAUGCUUCUUUAAUCGUUUUGAAAACUUUAAACACAGUAGUAUAUACUGUAGUAUUAAAAUUAUGCUAUACCAAUACACUACAUUAUUUGAAACAAAACAAUAAGGUAGAUCUUUCUAGUUUAAAACGCAUAAGAUUACAAAGUUUGACCUGAGAACUUGACCCAAGUUGUCUACAUCAAAACAUCGUAAUGACGAACACUGCUAUUGUUUGUUCUGCAGACGGCUCUUCCAGGUUGCAAACGGUAGCUGGCCAACCUAGUACUGUGACUGAGAUUUUAAUUUUAAAUGUUACUGUAUUGCGAAUCAUCCUUGCGUUAAAAUAAUACUUGGUGGUUAUUCCAAGUAUUCGUCUUAACAAAUGACAAAUUACGUGCUAUUUUUACUUUUUUUUAUAGAAACAUACUCUAGGAAACUAAUUAUUGUUUUCUGACCGAAAACUUAUAGUGGUUACAAAUAUAUAUUUAGGCCCAUAACGUCCUUAGAUAACCGGGGCUCCGGUAAUCGGGAGUGCACUGUACUAGUCUGUAUAUAGAUUUUGUAUGAUAUUAAAAUAUUUAUUGCGAUUAGUAUUCUUAAAAGUAUAAAAGUUAAAAAUACUUAUUUUUAGGGUUUUAUUUAUAAAUAUUACAUUACAGUCUUGGUUUGAUGCAGUUUUCAUGAAGUUUAAGCAAAAGUGUUAUUUAGAAAUAUCUGAACAAAUAAAUAGAGCACUAAUUUCUUAUUUAUUUGAAGCUAAAGCCCAUUUAAGCAUGCCCAUUGGUCGCGCCCAUGGGCACAUAAAAAAUAUGUUCUUGACUAUGUACAGUAUAACUUAAUAUGAUGCGUAUCAAACAAAACAACCUUUUAAAUUUACAUUAUUCACAGUUUUAGGAUUCAUGUAAUGUAAUGUGUAUAAUGUAAUGCUUUAUUCAUUAUUCUAACUAUGGUGAUAACCACUACUACUGUGUUCCAAUAAAACUAUACGCUUAAAAGACUUUUGGUCAGCCUGUUUAAAGGCUGAUUAGUUCAAAAAAUCAUAAUGUUUCCCAUUAGUUUCUGAUAUAAAAUAAAUAUUUUUAUGCAUUAGGAACAGCAAUUACUGUUAUUUCUGAUUGUUUGAUUCCAUAUAAUAGUGGUUUAAUAGCUUUUAAAAUAUAGCGUGUAGGAAUACUGUACCAUUUCAUUACAAUGCAAAAUAGCACAACCAGAUACUUAAAAUAUAACUUGAUUUAUACACUAUAAUACUGACACAAGUACAAUACUGAAUCUAUUUUCUAUUACAUCUUGUUUGUUCUCAAUUGUAGAAUAAUUGCUAUGUCUAUAUUAUUUUCACAUUAGUAUGUUAAAGUUAUUAACUUUAUUCUUGCCUUCAAUAUGAAAUAUUUAAACUUGACUUUAAAAUAGAAACGUACAUACUGUUUAAAAAAAAUGUGUAUUAUAAAGUGAUUAUUUUACUUGAUUGUAUUGUUAAAAUAAUAUUUCACUCACACACUUAAUUUUUAAGUAAUCCUAAGGCCCUGUUUUACUCUGAAUCACUGAGUAUAAAAGAGGGUUAAGGUGUUUUCUUCAUACUGCAGCUGUUUUUAAUGCAUGUGUUGUGGGUCUAAAGUUUUAGCCCUUGGGGAGUAAAAAUCAGCUGUUGUCAUCUUAGUUGUAAAUUUUGAUUGUAAACAAUUGAAUGUAUCAAAAAAUAUAAGUAUUGAUUGUAGCUUAUAUUGUUGCCUUAUGUAAAUAGUUCUACAUAUUGAUGGUAUAAUUUACACUAACUAGCACAAUCGUAAUAGGUGAAAUGGUUGAAUCACUUACUAAACAGCUGCUUGUAUCCAUUAGCAAAUUAAAUUAAAAACAAGUUAGAAGUAGUUUUGAGAGGUUAAAUCCUUAAAUGAAAAAUAUUUUAGGUUUGUGACAUAGUUCAAAUAAUGGUGCAAUAUGACAAAAAAUAUCAUUAUUCAUCAGUAUUGAUAUCAAUUCAAUAUCAGUAUUUAUUACACGGGCAAAAAGUGUCUUUUCAAGCCUCGCUCAUUUUCAGACCUCGGUUUUGUCUCGAUCGUAAAACUUGAGCUUGGGUUGAAAAGAAUCACUUUACGCCCAUUGAUGGAAUAAACUAUUUUUAUGCAACAAAUAAUUAACUGAUUUUUAAUCCCUCUUUCUUCACACCUCUUAAGUAGUAUUGCACUUUCUUACUAGUGUAGGCCUAAUGUAGCCUAGGGAAAAACAAUUGUAAACUAAUAAUAGGUUAAGUACCUUAUUUACGUCUUCAAUCCAAGUCGUCUUUUUAGAUGACAAUAGUUUUGGGACAAACAGCUCCAUUAUCAAAUCUUCUGUCUUGUUAAUUACUAAGUAGUAACUAAGUAGGCCUAGUACUAAGUAAUUAACAAGACAGAAGAUUUGAUAAUGGAGCUGUUUGUCCCAAAACUAUAGUCAUCUGAAAAGACGACUUGGAUUGAACAUGUAAAUAAGGUAUUUAACCUAUUAUUAGUACUCUUUAUCAACCCAGGAGGCAAUACAUGGAUAAUCAAAUUUAAAUACUUGACUAAACCAUUUUUUUUUUAAUCCCUCUCUACUUUGUCAAACUACCAUGUUACUUUACCCAAAUUAAGUUUUGUCAAUGUCACCUUCAUGAAAAGGUCUUUUGGAUUUUUACAUCUCUAAAAAUUUAAAUAUAAUCCGAAAGCCCUGUAAUGAUGUCAUCCAGACCUUUAAACUGAAAGUUAACUAAUAGAAACUGAGUUGAACAUAUGCAAACCACAACCAACCUUCACCACAGCUAAUGUAGUGCUCAGUAGAAUUAUUGUCAGUCAUGUCUCUUUUUGUAAAAUUGAAUAUUUUAUAUAAAUUAUAUCUUGUAUUUUGUGAAUUGUGUUAGUUCGGAUUUCAAUCAGAAGCAGCCAUGAAUUUUUUUAGAAAUGAAUAUCUAGCUGAAUUGACAAAGUUGUUUUAUUUUUACUUUACUCAAUAUUUUAAAAAGUAAUCUGUUGGACGUGAAACAAUCAAAUUUGUACUGUAUUUUGAAUUAUCUUUAUUUAUAGUGUGUGCGUGAAACCACCAUAAAUUCCUAAAUCAAAGGAUUUUAGAAUUUAUCUCUUAAAGAUUUGAGCUGAGUCUUAAUAUUUUGUUUGUUAAUUCUCAAUUCAAACUUAAAAGGAUCCCAUUUCCUCCAAGACCUUUAUUCGUUUCAUCAAGGUUGCAUUGUUCUAAGUUGACUUUCAUAUUUUAGGUAUACCUAUUAUGUUUUGGUUAUAUUUUAGCACUAUUUUUCUAUCUUUUUUUAAUAUUACAUCGCAAGGUGAAUGUAUGCAGAGGUAUCUUUAAAUAAAGCUUGGUAGUACAGGAUAGGAUUAUUUUAUUGUUAGUUGGUUUUGAAUGCCCAAUUACAGUUGAUGUAUAGUUAGAUAAGCCUAUGGAUAGUUAUUUUAAGUUUCAAUGGUCUAUUAAAUAAAUAAAUAAAUAUUACUUUAUUGUCACAUACACAAGAAUACAUUCCAAGUUUCUAGCGCAGCUAGAGGAACAGGUGACAUUGUCAAAUAAAUAUGCAUAAUAUAAAACAAAGAAAACAUUCCAUAAAUUAAAUUAUUGAUUGUAGUUCAAUCAUACAUAGUACAAUCAGCACUUUCCCCGUAUAACUUGUUGAUUGUGAACAUUAUGUUUAUAGCUUAGUAUUUAUCAGGAGAUCAAUGGAUGGUUUUUCCAGUGGCAGAAGUAAAUAUCUAAAAGGAUAAUUAUAAAAAUUUUCAAUCCAAAUUGGAAAAAUAAUUUUUAAAUCUGGAGUCCCAAAAACUAUUUUUACACAAUGCAACAAUAGAUUCUGUUUAAAAAAUUGAUUCCCACUGUUUUUCAAUUCUAAAACUGUUUAUUAUAAAUAAAGUACACUUAAUCAAAGAGCAGCGUUGCAUUGCAAAACUAUGCAGAUGGCUCUAUUUUUUUACGUGAGAUCUGUAAUUCUUGACAGUUCUGGCAUAUAAUAUAUGCCAGAUAUACAUAAAAAAAGACAUAUUAUGUCUUUUUACAUUUAGCUAUAUUAAUUGUUUUUCACAUAUCUUGUCAAAUCAUAAACAUGGAAAACCCUCAUAAAUUGGAAGACUACACAAUUUCUCAUUGACCCUAAAUAAAUUAAAGACCCAUGAAAAGGAACCUACUUUGUUCUCUCAUAGUUGUGGUACAGUACUUAGAAAGUGGAUGAUCACCUGGCUAGGCCCUGGGUAGGAGAGCAAUGUGUUGUGGAAGAAACACAUGUUUCAUCUUUGUGUUUGUCUGAGUUUUUAUUUUUGUCCUUGAGUCUCAGCGAAUGUUUAUCCGGGAAUAUGAGUGUAUUCGAUUUUAAAGGUACAACUUCUUGGUAGUUAAGCUUGAGCUUGUCACCUGUUGCUAACUGAUGAAAAUAUUUGACAAGUUGUAAUAGAUCUUGUAUCCAAUUUUAGUUCUUCUCUUUCUGUUUAAAUUAUUCAAGCGGUUAUUUUUAAUAAGUAAAUACAGUAGAACCCCUCAUAUCCGGCCACCUUGGGUCCAAGCCCCUGACCGGAUAACGAUUUGGCCGGAUAAACCAACAUACUAUUAAAUGACAAUUCAUACCUAAUAAUAAUAGGCAAUCAAUAUAUGCAAUCAAAAGUAUCAUUUAGUUCUGUUCUGGGAUAAUUUUUUGAAAAAUAAAACAUGUUUGUAAAAAGAAAAAAAAAAUAUUUGUAGGUUAAAGUCAUUAAGUAAUGAAUGUACAAAUAUUAUGAUUCCAGGUAACAAAACCUAUUAAAUGGAGGUAAAAAUGACAGUAAAUUGUACUUAAAGAUCAUUAGGACUUAAAUGGUACAUGCAUUUCUACUCAACAUUCUUAACCAUUUUGUGGAAUACAAAAAUUAAUGUACUCGUACUGUACUGUACUAACCCCACUUGGGAAAUAAUCAACCAACUGAUCAGAGGUUAGGCCUACUAGCUCAACUGAGUACAGGGCCAGGCGCCGCAGCUGGUAGAGGCCGGAUAAAGAGAGGACCGGUAAAACCAAGGCCUGAUAUGAGGGGUUGUACUGUAUGGUUCAUUGGUCAAUUGUGUGUGUACAUGUAAAUCGUUUAGGUAUAAUUUUAUUUAAUCAUCAAUCAGUGUACAUCAGUACAAAGUAUUUUAGACUAAUAGUUAUUAAGAAAAGUCUUAAACAAAUGGAAGUUUUUUUCCCAAUUCUUAAAGUGGGUCCAAACCAAAAAAGUGCAUAUGUAUUUUAAAAUGGAUUCUAGGGAACGUAUAAUUUUAAUUUUAUACUAAUUGUAUAAAAGCAAUUUCUUUUGAAUAGUUUAUUUAUUUAGGUUAUUUUAAUUGGAUCCAGUUGUCUCAUUUUCAUUUAACAUUGUAGUAAGUAAAACAAUAGCAUUUAACAACAUUCUGUUGUAGAGAAGAGUAUAUUUAUGUCACUGGUUAAUGUACACUUAUUCCUCCAAUAAAGUUCAGGGACUGAUUAAUUAAUUAUGUGGCACAUUAACACUGCAUUCAAUGUUACAGUGUAGUUGAGCAUAUUGAAAUCUUAACUGAAGAGGUUCUUAUGUUAUUUUUGGUUCCAUCGCAGAACCUUGUUUAUUAAAAAGUUGUGCAACUAAUAUGGUUCAAAUUUUUUCUAAAAAAAUCAAGAAUGAUCUUAGGAAAAAAGCGGUUUUAGAAAAAAAUCAAACCCUGCUUGAGUUAGUUGAGUUUUUGAGGUCCAGAAGGCUAUUUAAAUACCAAAAUAGAGAAUAUUGCUCUAAAAUAAAUCUACUAUUGAUAAAUUAAAUUAUGAAAUUGUUUUAUACUUACUUAGUUCAGAUGACCGUUUCUGGGUACCCUAAACUUUACAACUCCCUUCUGUAAUUUACUAUGCUCAUAUCACACUGUUUAUCAAUGGUACAAGGCUUGAAGAUCGACAGAAUAAAGCUCCACUGUGUCUUAACUGUCUGUGAUAGCACACACUAAUUGAAUAAAUAUUUUCAUCACAUGUAAAUGAUUCAUAAUCAUUAAAAUGUGUGUUUCAGCUCA